CAGCGCCAUAUGGUAAUUACUAGAAAUUUAAAAAAAUAUAAGGAAAAAAGGCGAGUCAGCUGCGAAUGCAAGCUGCAUUUUAAUAAAGUUUGCUGGCGAUAUCAACAGCAGUAACAUUCUCAUUUUAACAAUUAUAAGAGAGCGGGACAAUGGCACGGUCGAGUUAACAAGCAGAAUUGUCAGUCAGUCGGUCAGUCGGUCAGGAAUUGAAUUCAUUCAACAUGAACAAAUGUUGCAUACAGACGACACAACAGGCGACGAUAACAAAGUCGUCCAAUAUUGUUGACAUGUUCCCCAACAAAAACAACAGCAAGAGCAACAACACCAACAACACCAGCAACAACACAAGCAACAACCAGAAAACAACUUGCAACGGGAGCAACAGGAGUGCAUCCUCAUGUGUCAACAAUUGUCCCGUCACAAUCACACCGGAGAUUCGUGUGCAUAUUGAAAGAAGGCUUCAGACAGCCUAUGAUUUCUUUGAGGAAACACUGCAAUUGUAUCGUGUGGAUCAGUUGAUAUUUUGCUUUAAUGGCGGCAAGGAUUGCACGGUCCUUUUGGAUCUGUUGAUGCGCUAUUGCCGAUCCCAGGGUAUUGCCAGCAAGGAUAUACCCAUGCUCUACAUUGAGUCGGAUGAUUCAUUUGCCGAGAUCGAUGAGUUUGUCUCCAGCUGUGUGCAGCUCUACGAUGUCCAGUUGAUCAAGUAUAAGGAUUCACUAAAGGUGGCACUCACCCACAUGACACAGGAUAUGCCACGGAUUAAAGCCGUAUUUGUGGGUAGCCGCAAUACGGAUCCAUAUUGUGAGCGUUUGCAAUCGAUGCAGAAAACGGACAGCGAUUGGCCGGAAAUGAUGCGCUUGAAUCCAUUGCUGGAGUGGAGCUAUCACGAUAUAUGGCAUUAUAUACACAUGUACAAAGUACCCUAUUGUCCGCUGUAUUCUCAUGGAUAUACAUCGAUUGGUUACAAAUCCAACACGUUGCCCAAUCCGCAUUUGAAACGCAGCUGCAAUCCAAGUCCGGACGCAACCGACUCCGGUUGCUAUAAGCCCGCAUGGGAGUUGGCUGAUCCCACAAAGGAGCGUGCCGGUCGCAUGGCCAAAAAAUGAUCUAUGAGCCUUCUCCUUACCAAUUUAGUUAAUUCCAUAAUUAGCCAAUUAUGCAAUUUGUAUUGUAAAUAACUUUAUAUAUAUUUUAUAAAUUCCCUUUGUACAUAAUUCUGUAUGUCCGUUAUGUACUUAGCAUACACUUAAAUAUAUAUUUAUAUAUAUUAUUUAUAAAUGUAUAUACAACUUCAUAGCUCGCCCAAUUUCUUGGGAAUAUUUCAACUUUGCAGCUGUGGAAUGUAAAACCAAAACACAUUUUUAAUACGAUGAAAAUUAAGCUUAAGCAAAACUUAUUUUAAAACAGGUCUUAAGCCUAAUUUUGUGCCUCAUACUCUGUUCAAGUUUUGAGUUAAACUUCACUUCAGAGUUAAGCGCAGCUAGAAUUGAAAAUACAGUAGACUCGCACAAAUUAAAACCACUUGAUGUUUUGGAUAGUUUAAUAUUUCAACCUUUUUUUUUAUUCCUUUCAAUAGUGAUCACAAGAUUUUAGCUAAACAUAAAAGCUUAACAUUUUCAUAUGUAACCCCAACAAAAACCUACCUCUACACUUUUCAUAACAAUACGAGUUUUGCGAAUUCCUCUGCUCUUUUCUUCUGUUGAGAGCAAAGUACGAGCCUGGGAGCAAAAAAUGGAAUUCUUCGAAUUCGCUCACAAAUUAGCACGCUAUUAAAAUUGUCUAGACUUACAUAGAAAAUUCUAGCAUAAUAAACGUUGUACUUUUUAAUUCUAUAAUCUUAUAUAACUAUUUUUUUUAAUAGAAAAAAAUUAGUUUUAAGUAUUCCUUGAAGGUAAAUAAAUUUUAAAAAAUUAUUUUGUGAUUCGGGUAUAAAACGGAAAUAAGGGUAUAAAUAAGAAAUGUCUUAAGCU